CUAAUUCCCCUUCGGGUCACCCGGGACCUGGAGCUGGAAAUUUCACGGAUCAGGGUUCCCUGAGACCCUUGGAGAAGGGGAGAAUCGCCUCAGCGACGGCGGUGGCGUCCCAAGAUGGCGUCGUGGCUGCCGGAGACUCUGUUUGAAACUGUAGGACAAGGCCCGCCGCCGAGCAAAGACUAUUACCAGUUACUGGUCACCCGGACUCAGGUCAUCUUUAGAUGGUGGAAGAUCUCUCUAAGGAGUGAGUAUCGAUCAACAAAACCUGGAGAAGCAAAAGAAAUCCAUGAAGACUUCCUAGAGAAUUUACAUCUUCAGGGUCAAACUGCCUUAAUAUUUGGUACAAGAAUAUUAAACUAUGUCAUCAAUUUGUGCGAAGGUAAAUUUGACUUCCUUGAACGGCUCUCAGACAAUUUGCUCCUGAAUAUCAUUUCUUAUCUGGAUCUUGAAGACAUUGCCAGGCUUUCCCAAACAUCACACAGAUUUGCGAAGCUGUGCAUGUCUGAUAAACUGUGGGAACAGAUAGUCCAGUCGACCUGCCACACCAUCACUGCUGACGUGAGGGCCCUAGCGGAGGACACGGGCUGGAGGCAGCUGUUCUUCACCAACAAGCUCCAGCUCCAGCGGCAGCUCCGCAAGAGGAAACAAAAAUGUGGAAACCUGAGAGAAAAGCAACCUUAGGCACAUGUUUUCCUACCAGCAGGGAGCUGAGGCACGGCUGUGUUUCUCUUCAGUGUCCAAAUCUCUUCCGUCUCCUUUUCUUAAGAACUAAGAGGUUUUGUUGAUGCAUGGAGCCAUUUGAAACUCAUAGAGGAUUUGCACACAAAUGCAGCAGAAUCUGGCUCCCCAGUGCCUUGCUAGAGUCACCAUAAUUCUGAGGUCAAAUCAUGGCCCCAGGACAAGGGCUGCAAGACAGAGAGUCCCAUAGGCCAUCAUCCUGCUUAUCCCACACCCAUUAGAAAAGACGCUUCUAUUGUAUAUAAACAAACAAUAAAUGAUUAUUAGUAGGUUUUUAUUAGACAUGUGUUUUAUCUAGGCAUUGGAAAGGGUAAUGGUGCUUUUGAAUUUUUUCCUGGCGUUGUGUCAUGUGAGUCCAGCCAUGAAGCUGGUGGCUGAGUGUCCCCACCAGGAACCGUGAAGGGUAGGUACCACAGGAGGCACUCGGGGUGGGUGCAGCUGCCUUCCCAACUUUGCUCUGCUAAGUCCAUAUUCAGGGCCCUGUCCUUGGGGGCCCAGGAUGCCAGGCUCCAUCCCCACAUGUAGAUAGCUUCCGACCUGGCGCUGGAGCAUGAUUGGAGAAGUGCAGGCAUCCUGUUUGCGGACCUUGCUCAAAGUACAACUUCCCAGGACUACUUCACAUUGUUAAAUAAACCUAGAAACUUUUUUUUUUUUUUUUGUAUUUUCUUUUUAGUAGAGGUGGAGUUUCGCCAUGUAGGCCAGGCUGGUCUUGAACUCCUGACCUCAAGUGAUCCACCCGCUCCGGCUUCCAAAGUGUUGGGAUUACAGGCGUGAGUCACUACGUCUGGCCAAAACCUAUAAACAUUUCUUAGAAAAAUGCCGUUUCCCCAAAGGAAUGAGAACAGCUACCAUUUUCAACAAGGGUAUUUAGGAAAACAGGCUAUGAGUUAACUUAGUAAAAAUGUAAAUACGGUUUGCAUGCUGUUAACAUGGCAGAGGGGUAAAAAGAAUACAGUCCUAGGGGAGAAAGGUCACUUCACUGGGAAGGGUUACUUAACAAUGUUUUUCUCUCUGCACUUUUAUGAUUAUUAAGUACCCCUAGAAAAUGAACUCCUAGCUGCAAAUAAUCUAAUGACUCCUUUUAGGUUACAGAGCGAAGUAGCUUUCUACGUCCACAUGACCUUAUAAUAUAGCCUUAUAAAUUCUUCUUUCCUGCAACCUCCAUUUUCCUACCUAGGAAAACUCACAUACCUCUGGUGCCAGAGAAACUGCCCAGGAUGAUGCACCAGGGCCCCGUGGACAAUACAGAAGUUGUGGACUCUGGCUCUUUGUCCCACCUAAGUCCUUCCAGAAGGGCUCUACAGCAUGGCUUAGUGACAUUAAAAAAAAACUAAACCCAUGGAAUACCAAACAAGAUUUUAAUCUUCAUUCACACACCCUUAGAACCCAGUCAUUGGGCUCCCCGGUGCCAGUUUGAGACCCUCAACCUAGCCCUCCCUGCUCUCGUUGCUGGAAGUACACAGUCAGAAGUUUUCCGUGACUGUGAGAUUCAGUGCAAUCUGCUUCCCGGCACAUGAGGACCCUGACAUAGUUAUGUCUGGAUUUAGUCCAAGAACAGAGCAAAGCUUUACUUGUCAAGAGACCCAGGCCUCAUUCUCCACUCAGAAGAGUCUGCUAGGGCGGGUACAGGUGACCAGCAGGCAGCUCAGAGCAGGAGGGCACGUGCUCUGCACAGCUCUGGCUGCCUUGGCUCUCCCUGAGCUCGCAGACUUCACUCAUGGCCUAUUUUCAGUGACAGAACAUAGGUUUUAUUGUGAGGAUGCAGACACGACCACAAUUAUGUAUGUCAACAUAACUUCAUAAAUAUGUAACUGUAACUUAUUUGUAACAUCAGUGCAAAAUGAUUAAAGUUUCACGUGUAGUGUUUUAUCAACAGAUUCUGAAAGCUUAUGGACAUGCGUAAUAGUCGAUUCAACAUGAAUCAAUAAGAACACAAAUAUGGCAGUUUGAAAACACUAUAUACCUACACACAUAUAUAUUAUACUUACAAUAUACACUUAUAUAUAGUAUAUAAUAAUAUUACAUAUAAAAUGUUAUAAAAAUAGAUGCUAAUGUAAAUAAAAAUAAGAGCUAUUAAUAUGUUGGACUAUUCUUAAAUAAUAGCUAAAAUAAUACAGACUAUUCAAUUAUUUCAAUACUUA